GUAGGGCUGUUGCUCUGGGGCCGGAUUAGAAGGGAAUCCAGUGAGCCGGCUUGUGACAAGCCUUAGCGCGUCCCCCGUGAGCCGGCCCCGCCUGCCUGGCCCUUUAAAAGCCACCGGGCUCGGCUGGCAGGGUUCAGACACGGCUCUGGCAGCACCAUGAAGGCAGGUGGUCUCCUCCUCCUCCUCUCCGUGGCCCUGCUGGCCCUGGGGGCCCAUUGCAUGCCCUCUUUGGACGCCAAGGAAGCAGAAGGCAAGGACGGCAAGGACGGCUACUGCUACAACGUGCCACCCGUGGCGAACAUCUUCGAAGAGAGGAACUGUAGCGCCUGCCUCCAAAACAAGUCCUGCUCCACCUGUGACAAUGACUCCCAGUGCCCGGGCACCCAGAAGUGCUGCCCAGGGGACUGUGGCUACGUCUGCCAGGAAGCCGUCAUUGACUUCUGCCGCCUGCCCUCGGUCUGCGGAAACUGCAAGGCGAUGUUCGCUCGCUACUUCUACAACGCCUCCACCCAGAAAUGCGAGCAGUUCGUCUAUGGCGGCUGCGGUGGGAACAAGAACAAUUUUGACACGGUAGACGACUGCAUCCGAACCUGCGGGAAGUCCCGGACGGCCUAGACCGAGAAAGCCAUCGGGGCAGACCUGUCCCCUCACUGCGAGAUCUGACUCCGUCCUCCUCUCAGCAGCUGCACCUUCCUUCCUGGCCUGGUGGAGAAGGGGCUCAGAGACCCCUGACAUCUUUGACUCUGUUUCGGAAAAUGGGAUGAGAGGAGCAAGGGAUCCUGUGUGCGCGCUCUGCCUGCUCUCCAACCUGCCAGCUCCUUGAUCGUGGGUUCCUGGGAAUGCCUCACCCUCUGCAAUGCGUCCGACAUGUUUCUGCAUGAAAGCAAUACCUGUGUCGAAAGCCUGUGUCACAAUCGAUACUUAACCCCCGUCUGACACUUCUCUGCUGUUUCCUGUGAUAGUCUUGGCAGGGGAGACCAAGAAUUUGUGCUUCAGGCCUCUUGGUCCACAUCUUCGUAGAUCCUUGAUCCUGUGGCAAAGUCUAAGGAUCUCCAAAAUCAUAGAAUUGUAGAGUUCUAGUCCAACCUGCUGCAAUGCAGAAUCUCUGACAGGUGGCCAUCAAACCUCUGCUGAUAAACCUCCAAGGAAGGAGAUCAUUUUACCCAAGGAGCGCUGCUGGAUGACCCGCUGACAUGGCUGCCCCCUCUCGUGGUUUCCGUUGCUCCCCAAUUGUUGCUUGCAGCCCCCACUGCCUGCUCCCCUGCAGCUGUCCCUGACCUCGGUGAUGACCUGAGUGGCGUGAGAUGCACUUGUUUGCGCUUUGGAAGGGGAGAAGGGCUUUGCUAGGAUAUACGGCUGUGCUCCCCAUCCCAAGGAAACGUGAAGCAAAAACUGCAUUUGUCCAAGCAAAGCUCAUAGCAGAUCCUCUCCCCCAUUUGGAAACUGAGCCAUGCAAGGCAGGUGCCCGCUGAGAAAAAGAUGUCACCUUAUGUCCAAGAUGCAGAAAAAGGCAGAUACCAGCCGCCUCCUGAGUGUUAAGUUCCUAGAAUCCGAGAACAGUAGAGUUGGACCCCAAGAGUCAUGGGCAUAGCCAGGAUCUUUGCUGGGGGGGCGGGCGGGGAGAGAACCUCA